UCGCUGCUCAGAAGGCACGUUGGAUCAACCGUUGUUCAUAUUCAACUCUAUUCAAUAUUCAAAGUGAAGAAUCAAGACAUUUUACAAUGAAGCUAUAUCUCUUUACUGUUGUUCUGGCUUUUCUCAUCGCUGUUGUUUGUGCUGCACCUCCGACAUCCGAUCGAUCCGUAAUCGUGAGCUACCCAAAUGACACGCCGGCUUCCGUUAUGACACAAGCAAAGAAAGCAAUUACUGAUGCGGGAGGUAUCAUCACGCAUGAGUACAAACUCAUAAAGGCAUUUGCAGCAAAGGCUCCAGCGGCUGUGUUUGACACGGUCGAGAGCAUGUCUACCAAAUACAAUGCAUUCAUCGAAGAUGACGAAGUGGUUGGAAUCAACUUCGGAGGCAACGAUAUUGGAGACAACUAAGCCAUGUGCAUCCUGAUUGUUUAUGAAGUCUGGUUAUGCAUAUCUGGGAGUCCGUGAUCGAUACUUAUGGUUGGGUUGUUGAAUUAUUACUGAGGGCAGCGCGGUGGAGUUACUACGGAGUAGGCCUUUGUGGUAAAGGAAGUGCAUGAUGAAUGUACUGCUUCCAUACCUUGGCUGCAUGGAGAGUUACUUUCUUGAUUAUUGAGAAUGCUUAUCACUGGUUAAGAGAGCUUAAUUUCGUUACUUUCCACGAUCCACGCUACA